AGCAACAGAAUUUCAGUGAAUUUAUUACCUUUUCUUCUCCGGACUCAGGCUAGGGCUAUCCAUCGCCGACGUUAAGAAAUCAGAAACCACAUACUGGGUACCCUAUUUGCUACAAUUUGCCACGAUUUGCCACUAUUCGCCACUAUUCGAGACUGCUCGCCACUAUUCGCACUAUUCGUACUAUUCGCUAUUCGCUAUUCGGGUUUUUCAGACACCCAUCCACUAUACUAGCACGCAAAACCUAGCAUUUCAUUACACCAUGACGAUGGAUAGUUUUCUGACUCAAGAAACAGGUGACUAGCUCGUGUAUAGCAUGUGAUUCAUGGCGCAUGCGCUGGAAUUUUAAAAGUUUCUUCGAAUUAUUCCACUUCCUGUUCACGCCCUGACAUUUCCAAGGUUACGAAUGUGAAAAUAAACGGACACAAAAAGGCGAAGUUCCAAGCGGUUUCAUCUCUUUCCUUCACAAACCUUCAAAGCUCUUCAAAUUCAGGGCAAUCUUCAAACUUUCUCUGUAUUCUGGACAGAGGAUUGCAGGAAUCAGAGGCCGGAAGAAAGUUUUAGAAUCAGAGGAGAAAUAUUGUUUUAGAAAUAUUGUCAAAACUAUAAAACAACAAAGUCGGGUCAAAGAUCUUCGGAGAUGAGAUUACAAGAAAUUAGAUAUUUAUAGUCCUAACGUAUCAGGAAUGGCAGGGAUGUUUUGGUAGCUGUAAAAACAUUCUCUCCCUUGAUGGUGGUGUGCAUUUUCCAUGAGAGAAUGUGAACCUGUCGAGAUAAAGCGAUGAACUCUUCAGCGGAAGAAGUGCGGGAGAAGUUAACAAGCCAUCGAGUUCAAAUUGUUCAGGAACUACGCGUAGAUCGAGCUAUUCUCUACGAUUAUUUGCGUAGUAAGGGUGUUUUCGACAAUGAGGAUUGCGGGAUUGUGCACGCUGAGAAGACGAACGAACGCAAAGCUAGCAAGCUGUUGGACAUUCUUGAAACUAAAGGGACAGAAGGUGUGGAACAUUUCCUAGAUGUUCUGCAGCUUCUAAAUCCAGGCCUGUACGAGAAGUUAACGGGGCAGAAAGCUACAGCUAGAGAGAAUCCCAUACUCAGUGACGUCGGGGACAAGUCUUUCACUGAUGUUCAUCCCCAAUUUGAUUUGGACAUUCUUAGCAAUCACUUGAAAAGGGCUUUGAAGGAUGUACAAGAGAUGAGCCUCAUGUAUCUCCACCAGCUGAAAGAGAACCGACAGCUCAACCAAAGUCUCAGCAAAAUAACCAGUGAUCUGGAAUUGAAGUCUAAGCGCUUGCAGUAUUCGGAGAGAGAGAUAAUAAAAGCCGAGGAGAGGGCGAGAGAGGCACGCUACAACGCUGAGACAAUCGAGGAAACCGCAACUUUUCAGAUAAAAGAAUACGAGAAGGCCAUGAGCGAGUGGAAUGCUUUAGGUUUUGCUCUGUUGAUGAAGUUACUGUCGUCGGAACAGCAAGUGGAAGAAGGAAGGAAGAAGAAUGAAGAGUUGACCUGCAAGCUAAGAGAGUUGUCGAAGAGUUUUGACCAAGCGCGAAGGCAGUCCUUGAUGUUGUCAGAAACGAUAGCGCUACAGCAAAACAGUGUCAGAACAGCUGAAGACCUAACUAAUCGCAAUCACGAGCUUCAGUUUAUCACGCAGAAACUACAGAUAGAGAAAGACCAAGCUAUUUCUGAGCUUAAUGAGCUAAAAAGCCGGACUGACGCAUUAAAGGCACGUUACGAUAUUAUGGAGAAAAACAAACAGCAAUGUCAAGAAAGUUAUGAAAGUGUUGCUGAAGAUUGCUCACUAACCAGAAAGAAGAUGCAAGAAUUCCAAUUCCAGUUGUCUGUUUCUCAACGACGAGAGGAAAGCCUCAAAGAGCAAAACGACGAGCUCACUCGCCUCACGAAGAAGUAUCAAGAGCAGCGAGAUUUUUACGGUGAGGAAAGGAGAAAAGCCAUGAAUGAGCGAGAAGAGGCCAGGAAGGAAAGAGACGAGAUCACUCAGAGAUACAGUGAUGUCCUGAAAGAAAAAGACGAGGCGGUGAUAAGAUUUCUGCAGGAGUCGAGGGAGUUUGAACGUCAGCGCGAAUUAGACACCACUGAAAUGCGUGCUCUGAGAGAACGCCUGAUACGAGCUGAAGAAGGGUUGAAGAUUUUAAAGAUGGAAGGAGAAUUGUCUUUAAGGACUUCGGAACAAGCAUCAGAUGACAACGAGAAUUCAGACGAGCGGACCUCAGGCAAUGGUGUUCAAGAUGAUGAAGAACGCUUUAGCAAAGAAGAUGGGGUAAUCCAAGCUCCAAAUUUCAGAACCUCGACGGAUAUUCUCAAGAGCAUGAAAAACCGGUUUUACCAGACGGUCCGGGAUUUCCCUUCCCUCGAGAUAACUGAUAAACUGGACUCACAGAUCCGUUUUGCCGAGUGGUUAUAUCGCCUGCCUCAUCUUCUUGCCAACCCUGUGGCUUGUUCGACGCCUGGUAAAAGCCCACUGGAUGAGGUCCCUGCAAUUGGUAAAAUACUUAAUUUCAAUUGGUCGUCUCCUCCCUUUCCAGCCACCCACGAAACCAGGGAAAAGUGUCCAGAAAUUCAAAUAACACUCGACAGUCUUGAUGAAUCGAAAGGCAAAUUCCUUGGGUCGUACGCCAUUGAUGACAGCAUCAUCCCAGAGCGCCGUCCGAGGGCGUAUGACCUGGAUCGAACCAAGACAACUCGGCGCCUCCGCCAUCCAUAACUCGAACUUUCAGGCGUUAGGUACAAUUCCAUUACGUCAGGGUGAUAGGUUGAAAGUACCCCUAGGGAAAGUUGAAAGUAGCACUCUGGUAAUGCCAGGGUGAUAGUUUGAAAGUAAACCCCCCCAACCUCCUGCCCGAGAAAACGAAUCUUUCCGAAGUGAUUACUUCAUUUAAGGGCGACCGAAUUCGUACCGAGUCGGUUCACAUUCGAUUUACCAUUCGACCGCUGGCGAACAAGGACUAAGAUGCUUCUAAUAACAAGGAAUAACUAAGCUUACUCUCUGAUGAGGAAACAAUUCCUUUAGAGCUUCUUGAAUUUUUUUUCACUGGUAGUCCGGUUCUCGAAACUAUUAAUAUCAGACACUGUUUCAGACAUUACUUUAAACGUCAGCGCCCUAUUUCUUGUGCGCAGGAAUAAAACAGUCUUGUAGUUACCUUUAUGUCUACAAUGCACGUCCCAUUCAGAUCAGAAAGGCAAACUGCGAAGGAUAGUUGGCAAGUUAUAAAUCUAUUGCUAUUUGGGACUAAAAUACUCCACAGUUAUGUCCAUGUUUUUUUACAGGGGGCUCCCCCCUUAAAAAGACACUGUGAUAUGAUAUGAUAACUGAAUAGAGUAGGAUUCAGUUGAGCGUCGAAAGUAAUUCACAUUGAUUACCACGCUAAUAGAUUAGCUUAAAACACUCGCGCCACUUUUUUAACCAAUCAGAAGGAAGAUCCAAACCAAUCGUGACUCGCUGGCACACGUUUUUCCCGGGCUUCGUAUCUGCUACAUAUAUUAGCUCGGAGUUUACAUUGGUUCACUGGAUUGUAUAUGCCCAUUGUGCUUGGCCUUAGUGGUUACUGUUCUUUGUUUUAAUUUGGUUUUACGAGACUUAAUUGAAAACUACUUUAUUGAUCGAUUAAGUCAGUUUAAUUGAAUUGAUUCUUUUAUUAGUAAAACGGUUAUUAAAACAGGUGUUUAGGUCAACCUGUAAUAAAACCGUUUUAUAGGGAAAUCGAAAUUUUGUAAAACUGUUUGUUAUGAGCUUUGUGUAUGUAUUUGAAUUUUAUGGAAAGGCUUUGGAUCCGUAUUUCCAAGAUUAUAGGACAGCGUUUGUUUCUUGGUUAAAGGGAGUGUUUCAAGGUUCGGUGAAUGUGUAAGCUGUAACAUUAGCCCAUUUGAUUUUUAUAAAUUACAAUGUUUAGAGAAGAAGCCACCUCAACCUUGGCUUGUUUACAUGCAGGUCCCCUAACCUGGUCAAAUACGCCACAUAUUCGUAUUCUCAGUAUGGGACUGGAACUAGCUUGCAAGUGAGGCUAAUGCGGGGGAAUCUUUUCAAAUGC